AUGGAAGCUAGUGGUAUAUCAUUAUAUUUUAAUGUUUUGCGCGAAACUAAAGAAGGGGAAGAACUUUUAAAAAAACCUGAUGAAUAUUUAAUAAACCUUAUUGAUGCACCUGGACAUGUUGAUUUUUCAAGUGAAGUUUCUACGGCAUCAAGACUUUGCGAUGGUGCAUUAAUUCUUGUUGAUGUUGUUGAAGGUGUUUGUACACAGACACACACAGUACUCCGUCAAGUUUGGGUAGAAAAUGUUCGUUCAGUUUUAGUUUUGAAUAAAAUAGAUCGACUUAUUACUGAAUUGAAAUUAACACCAAUGGAGGCUUAUACCCAUCUAAAUAAAAUUCUCGAGCAAGUUAAUGCAAUAAUGGGCACACUCUUUGCUGGAGAUAUCAUGGAGAAAGAGACUAGAAGACAUGAAGCCGAAAAGGAAAAAUUAUCUCAACAAGAAAAAGAAAGUUCUCACAUAGAAUCAAACUCUACCGAAUUGACAUUUGAGGAUCGCGACGACUCGAGCAUUUAUUUUUCGCCAGAUUCAGGAAAUUAUAAAAACCAUUUGUUUACAGUAAUAUCGGAAUUGGAUGUUAGAAUCGAACAAUUCGCUCAAAUUUACGCUGAAAAGCUAGGUAUAAAGGAAAAUACACUUCAUAAAGUUCUUUGGGGUGAUUAUUAUCUUGACCCGAAAACAAAACGGCUCUUGCAACACAAACAUUUGAAAGGACGACAACUGGACCCUAUAUUUGUUCAACUUGUUUUGAAAAAUAUUUGGUCAAUAUACGAUUCCGUAAUUGUUAACAACAACCAUGAAAAAAUAGGCAAAAUAGUCAAAUCUCUCAAUUUAAAAGUUUUACCGAGAGAUAUGCGGUCAAAAGAUACACGUAUCUUAUUAACUUCUAUUUUUAAUCAAUGGCUUCCAUUAUCAAAAGCUCACCUUCCUUCACCAAUUGCUGCUCAAAAAGUACGCUUACCAAAAAUUUUAUAUCCAAAUACAAGUAUAUCAGCCCCACCUAAAAAUGAGAUUGAACAUUCAUUGUAUAAAUGUGAUUCUAAUGAUUCUGCACCUGCAAUUGCAUUUGAAGAGGUUAUUCAGUCAAAAGAGGUUUUUGUUGGUUUUGCUCGUCUUUAUUCCGGUACUAUUCGUGUUGGGCAAAAACUUUUUGUAUUGGGACCAAAAUACGAUCCUGCAUUUCCAAACAGAUAUUGCUCUGAAGUAAUUAUUAAAAAUCUUUACUUGAUCAUGGGAAGAGAACUUGAAUCUCUCAAAGAAGUUCCUGCUGGUAAUGUGUUUGGAGUUGGAAAUCUUGAAGGACAUAUACUUAAGAAUGGCACAUUGAGUAGCACUAAAGAAUGUCAAAGUCUUGCCAGAGUCACAUUAGAGUCUGCACCCAUUGUAAGAGUUGCUCUUGAACCAGCAGAUCCAUCGGAUCCCACUGUCCAAGUUUUAGUUCAAGAAACAGGUGAACAUGUGAUCCUAACAGCAGGUGAAGUACACCUUGAGCGUUGUUUAAGAGAUCUAAAAGAAAGAUUUGCAAAGAUUGAAAUACAUGUUUCUCCUCCUAUUGUUCCUUUUAGAGAAACUAUAGUUUUAACGUCAGAUCAUAACAAUCACCAUGGUGUUGUUAUAAUUUCCACCCCAAAUAAACAUUGCACCCUUAGAGUACGUGCUAUGCCAUUGCCUCCCAAUGUCACUACAUUUUUAAAUCAACAUUCCAAUACACUUAAAUCCUUUUUAAAUGAGCGUCAGCAGCACAAUAAAAUAGAAAAUCAUGAAGAUGAUGAGGAUACAAUAAAAGACCUGAGUGGUAAAAAGUCUGAUCACAUUUUAGAUAUCGAGGAAUUUUUUUCACUUUUAGAAGCUGAAUUUAAUAAAACAGAUAAAGAAAUUUGGAAAAAUGUUAUAGACCGUAUUUGGGCAUUUGGUCCUAAACGUAUUGGACCAAAUAUUUUAAUAAAUCAUAUUCCAAAUUAUACAAGAUCAUGGCGGCAAAAUUUAAAGGAAUCUAAAAUUCCUGGCUCAACCUCAUCAACUUCAUCUGAAGCUACUAAGGAACAUAAUUUGCAAGAACUUACUCUUCAAAAUUUUGAUGAAAGUAUUAAUACAGGGUUUCAAUUAGCAACAAAAGCUGGGCCACUUUGUUCAGAGCCAUUAAUGGGUGUAGCAUAUUUUUUGGAAGAUUUUAAAGUGGAAAUAGAUGGCGAUAAUGUCGACAUUUCAGAGUUACGCCAAAAAUUAAGCGGUCAAAUUAUAACAACAAUGAGAGAUGUUUGUCGACAAAGUUUCUUGGAAUGGUCGCCAAGAUUAAUGUUGGCUAUGUACUCUUGUGAUAUUCAAGUAACUACUGAGGCACUUGGUCGUGUAUAUGCAGUAAUAUCACGACGUCGGGGGCAUAUUAUUUCUGAGGAACUUAAGGAAGGAACUCCUUUUUUCCAAAUUCGUGCUCUUUUACCUGUAGUAGAGAGUUUUGGACUUGCUGAUGAGAUAAGAAAAAGAACUUCAGGUGCAGCUAUUCCACAAUUAAUCUUUAGUGGGUUUGAGAUGUUAAAUGAAGAUCCAUUUUGGGUUCCAACUACAGAAGAAGAACUUGAGGACUUGGGAGAAAAAUCAGAUCGAGAAAAUUUAGCUAAAAAAUAUAUGGAGGGUGUAAGGAAACGCAAGGGUAUGUCAACUGAUAAAAAAAUUGUAGAGCAUGCGGAAAAACAAAGAACACUUAAAAAGAAAUAA